GGCGUUUCUCAACCAACCUCCGUAGUUGAUACAGUUGAAACCGCUUGGCGCAACCAGCUUUAUUAAUUCAACCAUGAAUAAUGAUAAUGGCAACAGUCAGAAGCCGGAAAAUUUGUUUGGUAGUUCAGGAUCUUCGUCCUCUGCUAUCCCGACAACUGCAUCAGCAAAUGGUGUAUUUUCAUUUGGUGUCUCAACGAAUAAUUCCGCUAUUAUUAUUAACGGGACUUCUUCAAGUCCAUCAAUUUUUGCUUCUUCGUUUUCUUUUCAAUCUUUCGGAACCAACACAAACAAUGUUUCCAGUAGUAGCUCAUCCACUGUUCUUUCUUCUACCACCACUACUACAGCUGUUAGCAGUACUUUUGCGACAUCUGUGUCUGCAUCCGCAUUUAGUUUUGGGUCUGCAACUGCUUCAUCAACUACAUUGAGCAACGGUGGUAGCAUAUUUGGAUUCAGCUACAUUAACCGCCAACGGAUCUCAGGCAGGCUGCAUUUACUGCCGUUACACAGGCGGUCCCAUUCAAGUUUGGCUCAGGGACUAGCGAGACACCAUCAUCCGCUUCAGCGGGGUCUCUUUUUAGUUCUUCAGCUCCUAGUUUUGGUCUUACUUCUGUCGCCACCUCAUCUGGCGGCUCGACCAGUAGUUCCACCACCACCAUGUUCAGUUCUGGCUCCAGAGUUUUGGACUUAGCUCUACUGUCGCCUCAUCGGAGACCAAAUCUGGUGGCUCUGGUUUCGGUUCAACACUGAGUUUUGGAGUUAACUCUACUGUUGCUUCGUCAGAGACCAAAUCUGGAUCAUCUAACGCAGGUGCUUCAACGGGAUCAUCCUUGUUCUCAUUUUCUUCAAAACUGUCUUCUCCUGCUCCAGUCGGAAACUCGACUCCUGUUUUCGGAACUUCGCCCCCUAGUAACACUGAUCAAAUGAGCAUGGAAGACAGUAUGGCCGAUGACUCCAACCAAACACCAAGUCCAGCGCCUGCUUUCGGUCAAGCUUCCAGCGGCACACCACCGGGUUUCAUGUUUGGUUCCGUCACGCCGACAACGGUUCAGCCACCUGGUUUCUUGUUCGGUGCGCAGAUGCAACCACAAGCGCAAGCACCGUCUCAGAGUCCUUUUCCGGCAACACAGUUUAGUGCGGGAGGAAGGUUCUCGUUAGGUAGCGGUGGAGGGGACAAGUCUAAUAGAAGGGUUGUUAGAGUUAAAAGACAGACCAGGAGGAAAUGAUAAAACAUGGGAAGGGGUCGCUUGUUAUGGCUUGGUUUGACAUUCUACAACUUGUGUCAGGUAUUGUGGUAGUUAGAUUGUUCUUGUGUCUCAUUUUUGGAGGAAGUGUUUUGUAUGAGGUCCAUCGGUAUAACAUCUUAUUCUUUUUGUGUAUCCAUGUAAAAACAUACAAGGUAAAGACAUUGCAACUCUAGAGUCAUAAUGCUGAUAUAGCUUGUAUUUCUGUUUUUAUAAUAUAUGGAUGUUGUCUUUA